CUCAUAGAAAUCACUUAGAAAAACAGUGCUUAUUCAACUGAAAUAUUACGAUUGAUUGGAUUCUCGCUCCGACUCGCACACUGCCUUUAAAUAAAUCCCCACCGUCUUACUUUCCAUAUCCCAUACUUCACUAUCCCUCUAAUCUCUCGAAAAUCUUACCCCUUCCCUUUCCAACUUGCAUAGAGGAGAGAGGACAAAUCAACCUGCACCAAUUAUAAAACUAGAGAGAGAAACUAAGAAAAUCUUGUGUUGUUUAGAGAGAGAAAGGAAUCAACGAUGGCGUCCUCAACGAGAGUAGAUCUUGACGGAAAUCAGAUUAAACCUUUUACUAUUUGCAUGAUCGGUGCUGGUGGUUUCAUCGGCUCUCACCUUUGUGAGAAACUCAUGUCUGAAACUCCUCACAAAGUUCUUGCUGUUGAUGUUUACAAUGACAAGAUCAAGCAUCUUCUUGAACCUUCAUCUCUUCCUUGGGCUGAUCGCAUUCAGUUUCACCGUAUCAACAUCAAGCAUGAUUCUCGUCUCGAAGGUCUUAUCAAAAUGGCGGAUCUGACGAUUAAUUUGGCAGCGAUCUGUACUCCUGCUGACUACAACACUCGUCCUCUUGACACAAUCUACAGCAACUUCAUUGAUGCUUUGCCAGUGGUCAAGUACUGUUCAGAGAAUAACAAGCGUCUCAUUCACUUUUCCACUUGUGAAGUGUAUGGAAAAACCAUUGGAAGUUUCCUUCCCAAGGACAGCCCUUUGCGCCAGGAUCCUUCGUACUAUGUUCUCAAAGAAGAUGAGUCCCCCUGCAUCUUUGGCUCCAUUGAGAAGCAAAGGUGGUCCUAUGCAUGUGCAAAACAAUUGAUUGAAAGGCUCAUCUAUGCGGAGGGUGCUGAAAAUGGUCUUGAGUUCACAAUUGUGAGACCUUUCAACUGGAUAGGCCCCAGGAUGGAUUUCAUCCCUGGUAUUGAUGGUCCUAGUGAAGGUGUCCCAAGAGUUUUAGCCUGCUUCAGCAAUAACCUCCUGCGUCGUGAACCACUAAAGCUUGUGGAUGGUGGUGAAUCUCAGAGAACUUUCAUUUAUAUCAAGGAUGCCAUUGAAGCUGUUCUCUUGAUGAUUGAAAAUCCAGCUAGGGCUAAUGGUCAUAUCUUCAAUGUCGGCAAUCCCAACAAUGAAGUUACUGUUCGACAGCUUGCUGAAAUGAUGACCAAGGUCUACUCAAAGGUGAGUGGAGAGUCGGAAAUCGAAACACCCACUGUUGAUGUAAGCUCUAAAGAGUUUUAUGGUGAAGGAUAUGACGACAGUGACAAAAGAAUACCAGACAUGACCAUUAUCAACAAACAACUUGGUUGGAACCCAAAGACAUCUCUGUGGGACUUGCUGGAAUCAACCCUCACAUACCAGCAUAGGACAUAUGCUGAAGCUGUGAAGCAAUCAAUCUCAAAGCCAGUUGCUUCCAGCUGAAGAUAGGAGAGAAUGAUCGGUAUUUUCCCGGGUACAAGGUUCUCAUACUCAGGCUUCACUCUUUGUUUAGCUGUUGUCUUAAAAUUCUUCUAGAAGAACGUUGAAGUUUGUCUAAAAUGGUUUAUUCGCAUAUACCUUAAAUUUUUCCCUUAUCUUUGUGUUGUUCCUACGUAAAAUGUAGUCUUUGGAGGUACUCUUAAUUAGUGCCAUUAAAAUCAUGCUAUAAUGUACUUUCUAGUAUUGGCAUAAGCGGGGAUCGUGAUUAGAAUUACUGGUUUUUUUAGUUUUAUAUGGGCAGGGGGUGUCUUUUGUUCCCGCUCUGAGAAAGAAAUUUUAAUGUAAUGAUAUUUUGGAUCUCAGUCUUCUUUGACGAAUUGUAGAUAGAUUUUGCUUCUGGUAAUUUUGCUGGAUAGUUGGUAUGGUUAUGUUUUAUAUUGUCUUAAUUCAAGUU